AAGUCUUCCUGUAGUUCUUCCCUGAUUUCCGGCAGGUCACGUCGUCGAGUCUCGUUCGAGCGCAGUUUAGUAGUUCUCUUUAAAAGAACAUUGACACUCAUAGCUUUGUUUCACCAUGGCAGCUUUGGCAGCUUUUGCUUCUGACGACAUCACCAAUGCGGGUAGUACAAAGCAGGACCAGGAAGUAGGGGUAAGAACGAGCAGAACACCACUUGCUUGGCAUCUUCAAGUUGUAGGGCCGCGAUGUUCUUGGCAAGCAGUGAGUGCAGAAGAUCUUGUUCGGCAAGAGCUGCAGCUACAGGGUCGCGCCGGUCGCGCACGACCACAGAUGCACGGAAUGAACCUUCAUGAAAGCGCGCAAUUUUUGCGGAGCGCGACCGCAAGCAGGAAGAGGUGACGUGUGGACCUAAAGUAGGGACGACGAGAGAAAGUGGAGCGGGAAUUCUUGCACGUCCUUGUGUCUUCACUUAGUCCACCGUUGAACUACCCAGGAAGUCGGCUGUGUAGUGCCGGUUCGUCUUGAAGAAAAGAGCUACGUUUCUUCAUGGGCGGCUGCGUCAGCUACGUGAAGCGCCGCGUCCGGCGCCGGCUCCGGCCGGGCGAGGAGGCCGAGCAUCAAUACUUGGGGCAAAACUUCGACGAUGGUAUCGCGCUCGAACAAGGCGGGGGAGCACUCGCUGGCCACCAAAACCAGCAGACUAUUGGGACAAGACCGGGUGCUGGUCUCGUGACCCGCAGCGCGACCUUGACCUCCCGGUUAACAGCGGCGAACAAUAUUAGUAACCGGAACAGUCAAAACACUAACCCCAAUCAGUUCAAAUCCGUCGAUGAGCUGGUUUCCUCCGGUAUCAAAGAAGCGCAGCUGGCCAUCGAGAUGUCCGGCAGGGGUAAGCGGAAACAAGCGGCCAAGCACCAGCAGAAGGCGCGCGAGUUGUUGCAGCUAGCCUUGGUGAAAGGACAGAACCCGCACCUGAAAUUCCACUUGCAAGCCGUGCUACAGAAACUGGGCGUGGUGGACCUGGAGUGGGCGAGCAUCUCGAACUAUGCAACAUUGCAAAAGUGUCGUGGUACAACCUGUAGGCUAGGAUUUUUGCAGUGCAGCACAGAAGUAACACUGCAGAUCCGGCUUUUCCUUUCACCAAGUUCCGCAUUUUUUACAAAUGCCAUUUGUUUUAGAUAGAACCUCAACCUUGAGCCUGAAGAUUUGAGGAAAUUUGUGAUGCGAUUUCUCAUAGUACUGCGAUACUUGCUUUGCAAUGCAUACGAACCAACAGAACACCCUGAGUUUGGUGAACAACACGUCCUCUAGUCAAGGUGGACUAAUUAUGGAAGCGUCAGGAUUGAAAUCGUCAAAGUUGAGAUAACUGGUAAUGCAUAAAAUCGAUACCAGUUGGAAGCCCAAUUUCCAAGCCGUGCAUGACAAAUUCUCCGAGCACCGGAGUCCAAUUUGUCAUGCUGUUUGGGCACAGACGACUGCUUUUGUGAUGCUACUUCUUUAGCGGCUCUAUUUCAAACCCUAAACAGGCUGACAGUCGGCCUCACUUGCCAUCCCGGCAAGGCAGGCAUUUCAUGCCUGGCAUUUUAUGCAUGACAAACUAUUUCAACUUUGACGAUUUCAAUCCUGACACAUCCAUACUAAUGAGCAGCAGUUCCAGCACCUCUCCCCCUGGGGAGUUAAUGAUGUUGCCCAAUAACGCACGCUAUCAACCGUAAAAAUGUCUGGGUCUGGAAGAAUGCAACUUGUGAUGCUGCGUCUGCAUUAUCCAAAAAUCUGUAUUGCAUGCACAGCAAAAGAGGUCUGGUUUUGGCCACGGCGAGAGGGCAUUUCUCAUGCGGUAUAGGCAUCAGAAAGCCCUCACAGCAUCUGUGAUGCUAGGGCAUGCAUCGCAGACAUCAGGUCCAGGAGUCCCGCAAAAUGUGCAUGACAAACCUUGCAUCCUUCCAGACCCAGACAUUUUUGCAUUUGAUACACGCAACAGCGCGAUGUCGCCGUUCGGGACAACCACGACAGGGAUUUUGCCAAACGACGACGGGACAAGCAACAAUCCGAUGAUGCUUGAGGACAUAAAUCUGAUGGACGACGACCAGAAUUCCUCGGAUGGGGAGGCGAGUAUUGCGUACGAGCAGUUGCGGUUUACUGAUAGGGGCCUGCUGGACGACUACGAUCUAGAUUUUUCCACCGAGGAUUUGUUCAAUGAGGGGAGCAGCGUCAGCAGUGAAAAUGUGAGGGACAACAUCAACAAGUCGUCCUCGUCGCAGAUGAUAGGCGAUCGUAAUUUGGGAGCGGCUGCGAGUAACACAACGCCUGCAAGCAGCAUAGCUGGAGCUGGAGGGAUGAUGUUGAACAAUUCUUCUGCGCCAUCUGGAGGUCCACAACAGAAGAAAAGCAAGAAGAAGAAAAUCGCAGGAAGCGCAGCUGUGUCAUCCUCAUCACAUCGCAAUACUAGCAACAACUCGAGUUUAAGCAGUCCUCUAGCUCUAUGAAGUGCAAAAAUGUCUGGGUCUGGAAAAGUGUAAACUUGUCAUGCAGAUUUUCCAUGACCCAUGGGAUCUGGAAUGCGGGACUUAGCAUGACAGACUCUGCAAGGUCUCUGCCAUGCCUAUCCUGCAUGAGAAACUCCCUUCUAACUUGGUCAAAAGUGGACAGCUUUUGGCACUCAUGCAACACAGAUUUUUGCAUACUUCAGAUUUACCAUGACAGGUUGCCGCCUUCCAGACCCAGACAUUUUUGCAUUUGAUAAGCUUUGACCGCGUCGGCCGCCAGUCCGCACUUGGGGAACGCAACAGCGGUUGGCAGCGGACAUAUCCUGAGUAAAAACGUCCCCACCCCAGAGUUGUGAUGCAGAUCUGCAAGCACAAGAGCGUUGGUAAUGCGCGCUCCCAUGAGGGGCAUUCUCAAUCGUGUUUUGGAACUUGUAAUGCUGUAAACAGCAUAAGGAGAUCGAUUUCUUAUGCGGCUUCCCUUGCUAAACUGCACUACACUACAGCCUGCAAUUUGUCAUGCGUGGUUCCCAAAACUUCAAGGUUUGUGUUGCAAAAUCCCCAUCUUGACUCUGGGGUGGGGACGUUGUUACACAGGAUAGGACAGAACAUUAACGCAUCUUCAAAUACGACUUCCAGCAACGUUAUCAAAUGCAAAAAUGUCUGGGUCUGGAAGAAUGCGCGACUUGUCAUGCAGCUUUUCCAUGACCCAUGAGGCCUGGAAUGCAGGACCUAGCAUGACAGAUUCUGUGCGAUCUCUCUCAUGCCUAUCCUGCAUGAGAAACUCCCUUCCGACUUGGUCAAAACUGGGCGACUUUUGGUAAGCAUGCAACACAGAUUUUUGCAUGCUUCAGAUUUAGCAUGACAAGUUGCAUAUUUCCAGACCCAGACAUUUUUACAUUUGAUAAACGUCAGCUCCCCGAUGAUGCUGCAUCAACAGCAAGUGACGAUGAGGAAUAUCUAUGGACAUGGAAGAUAUUGUGUCUGGGUCUGGAAAAAUGCAAACUCGUGUUGACGCUAACUCGCGAUUGCACAAGAUAUUGUUCUUUCCCAAUUCUUGCCACGCAAACAGCGAAUUGAUUCCUCAUGCAGAAUAAUGAUACGACAUUGAGAAGCGGCCGCGGCCGGAAAACCUGUGAUGCUUCCAGGCAGCCAUCUGCAUGGUGCAGAAGCUACGUGACACGCCUGUGCACUUUUCCAGACCCAGACACGAAUUUGCAUUUGAUGUCAGCAAGAGGGAAAGCAACAGCACCAACCUCUUCCCGGCGUCUUCCUCUGUGUCUUCCGCUGCCUCGUCACCACAAUACGCAUGGCAAAAGUAUCGUAUCACUAGUAAGUAUUUGAGAGCAUUACAAGUCCAUGUCCAAUGCUGCUUUCUUAGCUUAGGUAAACAAAAAAGCGGAUCUGCAUAUCAUGCAAGACUUGCAUUUUUACGAUUGUGUCGAUGCUUUUGCUUUUGCAUUGAAUACGCAACAGCGGAAAGCAAAACCCGGGGCGAGUACAACUACAGGCGCGAAUCUUAUGCUUCCCCCGGGAGCUGCUGGUCCAGCUGGAACAAUACCCGGACCACACCAGCACCAGGCAACAUCUGCCGCAGCGGUAGGUCUCCUUACUUCUGGAGGAGGUCCUGGUAGCAUUAACGCAGCAGUGCCCCCUGUCGUGGGGACGAGUUCUAGUACGACUACAGCAUCCAUUACUGGCCAGGACGGGGGCGCGGCGAGUUCUUCACAGAUCGGGACUUCCAUCAACAAUCCGGCUUUAGCGGGGACCAACGUGAACUUGUAUUUGAUUCAAGAGCUAAAAAAGCUCCAGGGACAACUAGAGGAGGAACGGAACCAGCACGAACAGGAGAAAUCGCAGUACGAGAACAAACUCUCGCGAGCGCAGAACGUCGCGGAACAGCUCCACGAGCGCUUGAAGGGCAGAACCAGCAGUGGAGGAAUGGGGACGUCGUCCAGCACGACAACUCCUGGUGGUGUACCACAACCGUUGCAACGGACGGGAUCCGUGCCGGGGGCGAUCAGUACUUCUAUCCAAAUGGUGCACCAGCAGCAGACGAGAGCGCAGUCGUCUUCUUCGUCCUCGACGACCAAUGCAGCAGCUGCACAAAAUCGCCAGCAGAUUUUGCAGCAACAGCACACUCAGGCGCAGCAGAGUUUAUUGCACAACCUAGGAACAACAAAUAACAAGAGUAGCGCAGGAGCAGGUGGUCCACCGCCUCUAUUAGCGGCGGGACCUACAGGAGCUGCAACAGGAGCCUCCAGGGGGCCAGGGCCGCCGCAGCUACUGCAGCACAGCAUAGUAGGAGGUCCAGCCGCUCCCGGACAGCAAAUGCAGCACGCGCAGCUGAACAGGUCCGCUUCCAACCCAACGCUGCUUUUGCAACCUGGCGGGCACCACCAGGGGCCUGGACCGCCACCGCAAGUCCCGAUGAACAUGCUGCAGCAGCAGUUCACCCCCACACUGCAACCCGCAGUGUCGUCGACUUCCGCGCCGCAAGGUCCUCCGCAGGUGCUAGGCACCGCCGGGCUUCCUGCUCCUGCAGUCGCGUCCUCGUCCAUAAUCCCUGCGGCCUCGCAGCUGCUACAGAGCCCGGGUUCGAAGCCCUUGACGGCGUCCAAAAUUCCACCGAACAUCGCCGCACAGCAACAGCAGAAAAUGCUCGCAAAAGCUGCCGCGACGGCCGCAACCCCGCCGGCCUUGCUGGUGUCCACCUCUGGGGUCGGAGGCGCGGUACCACCGUCCGCGACCGGUCAACCUUCCCAACAACCUCCGCCCGCGGUCGUGCACCAGAGCAAAAACCCAUUCGCGCCGCAGCCGCAGCCCGAUAUCGUGCUCAGCGUGAAGGUGUUGAACGGCGUAGAUCGGGAGGAGCAGGCGUUCUUUCAGCUGCCGCUAUCGCAAUCUUCCUCGGAAAAACACUUCUUCUAUCUACUCGACCAAUUGUGCCAAUCGAGGGUCGGGUGCGCAGUCACGCAGCUGCAGUGGGUACAUAAGUAGUUACUUGCUUUUUUGUACCAAGGAGCUGAGCUGAUGCUUUUAAUACAUCGACCACUUUCAACAUUCUAAGCUGUAGCGCCCCUCAGUUGUCGUGUGUCUGUAUGCGAUGCUCCAAUGACUAUCUUUGUCUUUCUACGGCGCCAAAAAAAAUUCCAAAAUGAAUCCACAUCGAAAAUCAGAUGCAUCCUACGACUGGUGAGCUGAAGCAGCCCGAUGUUGCUAUGAUUGAGGAAAUCUUCGGCGAGACAAACAGCCGCAACCCGAUGCUGAUCCUGUACACAAUGGUCCAGACCCCGGCGGGGGAACUCCCGGUCCUACCGAAGCUGCGGCUGAAGAAGAUGGAUCCGUCGACCGUGGACGUGAUGGAGCGCGCGGGCAAGGAACUGGACAAGUUGCUCAUCACGCUGGAGACUUCGAAGCUGCAACAGGCGACGAUAUGCAUUGCAAAUAUGUCUGGGUCUGGAAGGAUGUAACUUGUGAUGCUGCAUUUGCAUGCUACAAAAAUCUGUAUUGCAUGAACAGCAAAAGAGGUCCAGUUUUUGCCAUGGCGAGAGAUUUCUCAUGCGGUAUAGGCAUCAGGAAGCCCUCGCAAAAUCAGUGGUGCUAGGGCAUGCAUCACAGACGUCAGGAAUCGUGCAAAAUGUGCAUGACAAACCUUGCAUCCUUCCAGACCCAGACAUUUUUGCAUUUGAUAGACGAACACUUCUGCCAACCCCGUGGCGGAUUUGCAGCAGUACCAAAUCUAUCAAAUGUAUUAAAAAUGUCUGGGUCUGGGAGAGUGCAUGUUUGUCAUGCUUCUCUGGCAUGACUCUUAAAUCUGUCAUGCACGUUACCCAAGAGCCGCACUUUUCUGUCAUGCGGAGACGCAAGUUGUCAUGCAGAAUAGGCAACACCUAUAAGCUCAGAUGAAAUUUGUCAUGCUGAGCCAGCACUUUUGGCCUUCUCAUGCUACGCCACUCAGCAUCACAACUUUCCAGACCCAGACAUUUUUGCAUUUGAUAAAAUCGCCUUCACCGACCAGUUAUCCUGUGCAAAAGUAUCGUACUCGUAUUGCAAUCAUGCAUUACAAAUCCCAUUCUUAAGGUUAAUCCGCAUUACAGAUUUUAUCUCUCAUGCUGAGGAAAUUUGUAAUGCAUUUAUACGAGUACGAUACUUUUGCAAUGCAUACCAGUGGACGGGGCAAACAGUGUACGCGGAGGUGUCGAAGAUUCUACCGAACAAGAAGGGCCUGCAGUUCUACGUACCGCAAAACCUGAUCAAGCAGUGUCGGGAAACGCAGUCGGCGAUGCUCCUGGACGUGCACGUCGUGUGCGAAAAGAAGUUCCGCUCGGAGAAUCGCCGCGCCUUGUCGCUCGUGCUGCGAAACAGCUCGUUUGGCAGCAGCAGCGAUGCGGGAAGUUCGGAAAACGGGUCAGACUUGUGAUCAUGUCGGUUAUAGUCAUCUUCACGCUUGCCGUCUCGCAUGGCUUGUUCUCGCCGCAUAUGGCUGAUGAUGACUCUUAAAGCGAAGUGGCGGUUGCAUGUCCACACGACAGAUCACAUUAAUUUCCUCCAUUUCGAACGAAUGCGAAAGCGAUCGCCUCUGACUACAACUCUCUGUAGUUCUUGGGUCUCGCGCUCACGCGCGUUGAGUAAGUACAAAAAAGAGAAACCGAUGGGAGCCGGAAAAAAUUGCAAGGAUGCCUCUAGUCGCAUGCUGCAUAUUCAGAGCAUCCAGUGGGUGGCUGUUGCGUGUUCAUUUUUCUAUAUUAAGUUGAUUCUACGCAUGUCGUUGCCUUGG